AUGGAAGACCUUCAUCCCUCCAUCGCGGGGAACGCCUCCACCAGCUCCGGAACCUCAAACCCACAAUUCACCCCUAUCUCCUAUGGCUCAGAGGAUGAUUCUUCCACGGCUGGACCAGCGAAGUCGCCCUUGGGCCCAUUACGACUGCAGACGAACUUCGACGACCACCCGGAUGUCGGUGACCCUUUAUCCGAUUGCGAAAACGACGGCGAAUAUAAUCCCCGUGACGGGCUUGAGGGGAAAUUCCCGCGUGGUCGCGGCGGAUUGGCGCCGCGAUGCACACCAGAGGAGGAGAGUGAGGUGGUGAAGAUAUUUGAUCGACGGUUGGUCCCGUUUUUGGCUCUUCUCUAUCUCCUCUCCUUCCUGGACCGCUCGAAUAUUGGUAAUGCGAAGAUAGCAGGGCUCAAAGACGACCUACAACUUUCAUCUUCGCAAUAUGAAUGGCUACUUACUGCGUUCUAUAUUACUUACAUUCUAUUCGAAUGGAUGACGCUGAUGUACCGGCUUGUCCCCCCACAUAUCUAUAUAUCUCUAUGUGUAUUUGGAUGGGGUCUUGUCGCAUCACUUCAGUGUAUCGCGACUUCUUUUGGGGGUUUGCUGGUUCUUCGCGCGUUGCUCGGAAUCACUGAGGCGGCUUUUGGCCCGGGUGUUCCGUUCUAUCUGUCAUUGUUCUAUCGCAGACAUGAGCUGGCUUUCCGAAAUGGACUGUUUAUAUCAGCGGCACCGCUUGCGACAUCCUUCGCUAGCAGUUUAGCCUACUUGAUUGUCAAGUUCAGCAGCGACGGCCCGAUCUCUCCAUGGCGAACCCUGUUCCUCGUAGAGGGCUUCCCGAGUGUGAUAGUUGCGGUUUUUGCUUGGUUCUUGAUUCCGGACUCCCCUGGCCGAGCUCGUUUCUUAACUCGUCGACAAAGGGUUGUAGCCCAGCAGCGUCUAGAGGAGAACACGGCCGAUUAUCAGCAAUCGUACAAAAGCGAAUUCAAUUGGCGAGAAAUCUUGAAGACGGCUGCAGAUCCCAAGGCUUAUAUGGCUGCUUUUAUGUUCUUCAGUUGUAACGUUGCUUUCAGUUCGAUGCCUGUCUUUUUACCCACAAUCAUCAGAGAUAUGGGAUAUUCCUCCUUGCAGGCCCAAGCUCUUUCAGCGCCUCCCUAUCUCGUCGCUUUUGUUGUAGUCCUUCUCACCGCAUACGCAUCAGAUCGCAGCCGCUCCCGAAGCCCAUAUCUAAUAGCCCAUGCGCUCAUUUCGUCACUUGCAUAUCUCGCAAUUGCUCUAACUGGCUAUUUCCAUUCACACCUGGCCCCAUGGCUCCACACAUUCAUUAGGUACAUCUGCGUGUACCCCGCCACGGCCGGAUUUUUCUCCGCGAUUACUCUAAUCAUUACAUGGUCAAUGGAUAACCGGGUUGAGAAAGAAGGCAAGGGUGCCAGCAUUGCCAUUCUCAACAUCAUUGGCCAGUGCGGACCCCUGCUCGGAACGAGGUUGUAUCCUGACACCGACGGACCGUGGUAUAUUCGUGGCAUGGCUGUGUGCUCAUUCUUUAUGCUCCUCGUUGUGGUCCUGGCUGUGGGAUUGCGGGUUAUGCUGCAACGGAUGAACCGCGCGACUGGGGAGACUACUUAUUCGAUUGAACAGGCUGGUCCUGUCGAUCGUGGCGAAGAGCGGGAUGUUCUUAUGGGUGGUGGGAGGAGGAACGAUUUAGAGCAUUCUACUGGUGACCGAAGGCUCGUCUAUAUCAUAUAG